ACGUGCGGCCUGGCGAUGUGCUCACAUUGAUGAUGUCUCCAUUACAGGCGGAAUAAAGGAUUAGGCGGUUUACAAGAUGGAGGAGGAUGAGGGCUUCGCUGAACCGAGGCAAACGUGCAAUAUGAAUAUUUCGUCCACUACAGAUUGUUUAGAAAGCACUCAGAUAAUGGCUUCAGAGCAAGAAACAUUGGUAAAACCAACACCACUUCUGCUAAAACUAUUGAAAUCUGCAGGUGCACAAACUGAGAUAUUUACAAUGAAGGAGGUUAUAUACCAUCUUGGUCAGUACAUUAAGGCCAAGCAGUUGUAUGACGAGAAGCAACAGCAUAUUGUCCACUGCUCCAAUGAUCCUCUAGGAGAACUAUUUGGGGUACAAAGCUUUUCUGUAAAAGAACCCAGGAGGCUGUAUGCAAUGAUUUCUAAGAAUCUGAUAACCGCAGCUUCACAAGACUUUUCUGAAUCUAUAUCACGUGAAAAGGAAGCAUGCAGUGUCUCACACAAGCUUAAUACACAAAAGGAAUUUACACAAGGUAUACAAGAAAAACUAACAUCUCCUGCAUCUACAACAAGAUCGAGUAGCUCAUCUCAGCGAAAAAUCAACAGUGAAACAGAAGAGAAUUUUGGAAACGAUUCACCUACUGAUCAACAAAGAAGGCGGCAUAAAUCCGAUAGUAUUUCACUAACAUUUGAUGAAAGUCUUUCGUGGUGGGUGAUAAGCGGUUUACGCUGCGAUAGAAAUAAUAGUGAAUCCACAGAUACUUCCUCUACUCCUGCAAUUGAUAUACCACCUGCAAGUGAAAACUCUGAAUAUUUGGACUCUGAUUCUGACCAAUUCAGUGUUGAGUUUGAGGUUGAGUCUAUAUACUCGGAUGAUUACAGUCCUAGUGGAGAUGAAAAUGGACUUACAGAUGAAGGUGAUGAUGACAUGAAUGAUGAGGUUUACCAAGUGACAAUAUAUCAGGCUGAAGAUAGCAACACUGACUCUUUCGAUGAAGAUACUGAAAUUUCAGAAGCUGAUUACUGGAAGUGCCUAAAAUGCAACGAGGUUAAUCCUCCUCUUCCCAGUCAUUGCCCCAGAUGCUGGUCUCUCCGUAAGGAUUGGCUUCCUGAUCAAAAUAAAAACCAAGAUCAAAUCUUGAAGAGGAAAACUAUGGCAGGAACUGAAGAAAAUGAAGGCUUUGAUGUUCCUGACUGUAAAAAGGCAAAACUUUCAGGCUCUCUGGACUCAAGUGUUGGGAAACUGGAGGACGAAGGCAUACAAAGUUCAGAAUCGCAGGAAGCGGAGGACUUUUCUCAGCCAUCCACGUCUGGCAGCAUAGCGUCUUGCAGUCAAGAGGAAUCCAAGGAUGGUGAACGCGAUGAAAGUGCGGAGUCAACACUUCCUUUAUCAAGCGCCGAGCCAUGUGUUAUUUGUCAGACGAGACCCAAAAAUGGCUGCAUUAUUCAUGGAAGAACGGGCCAUCUAAUGGCAUGCUUUUCUUGUGCAAGAAAGCUCAAAAGAAGAAACAAACCAUGUCCAGUGUGCAGGCAACCAAUUCAGAUGAUUGUGUUAACCUACUUCAGCUAGAAACCAUUUGCCGACAGGACACUUUAUACAGGAAUUAAGGACAAAUCUGCAUAUACAAAGUGUGUGUGUGCGUGUAUAUGUCUGUCUGUCUAUUUUGCUACAACCCUACACACUGUUUUGUUUUAUAUUCACUGUAUACAGGGCCCACAGUUAAACGUCAUUACUGAAAAUAGGACCCAUUUGUGAAUAUUUAGCAAAAAGGUAAAAUAUAAUCUGAGUUUUGCGCUAUCACCUUUUUCAUUCUGUCAAUAUGCACAGUGUAUGAAGUGACAAUACACUGAGGUGAUUUUUAAGCUGCACUGGUUUAUAUUUUUGGAUUUUAGCACAUGUAUCUCCCUUUUUAUUGUUUGUAUUUUUGCGCGUGUGUGUAUAUGUGUAUAUAUUUUUAACUUAUGGAAGAUUACAAAAGUUAUAUUUGGCAAAUGCAAUGUUUGGACCUAUGUUGUGUGUGGCACUUUAAAUGGCUUUUCAAAAAUUUGGAAUACCGGAUGAUUGUUGGAACCUUAAUGUACAUACUUUUUUCACAGGUGGUGGAAUCACACACAGGCCCAACUGAGCGAGCUAUAGUUCCAAUUGUUGUACAUUGUAUCAGAGAAACAUGUUUCUUUAUCUUUUUUUUUUUUUUUUUUUCUUUUAUUCUUUUUAUUUUCCUAAUUUGCAGUAGAAAUUUAAUGAAAUGAAUUGAAGAUGAGAGAAAAUGUAGGAACUAUGCUUAAUUUGUCCAGUUAACUGUACAUCUUUAAUGAAUAUCCAAUAAAAAUAAUAUUUUGAGGAUAAAGGCAAUAAUUUGGAGGAAGUUCUUUUUUAACAGAUUCAGUGCUAAGCAUUCUUUGUUGUAGCUUUACCAGCUAAGCUUUUCUCGAACUACAACUACAUACUGGCCUCCCCUUGUAUUUUAGGAGGGUUUAGUUUCAUUUGCACCUCCUUUUGGCACAGAUCCAUUUUCACUGAGCUCCAUAAAUAUUAUUGCUACUGCAGUCGAACAUGAGCGUAGUGACAGAAGGUAAUCUGAAGCUCUGAUUUUACUACAUUGUUUCUUUCCACCGCUAGAUAGUUGGAUAUUCCACCCACCAUAUUCAUUAAAAUCUUCAGGUCACUCGUAUAAAGGGUUGUACCGGUCAAAGAUGUGUAUCAUUCUUGGGGAGUAAAUGUUUAAUAGUUUCUAAAUCCUGACAGAAUAUUGUGAUUUUCAGAUUUAUUUUUUUCCAGGCAUCUUAAGUUCCACCUUUUUGCAAAAGAAACAUUUAUUUGCUUUAUCACCGAACUCUUGUUGGUGGUCAUAUUGAGCGUAUUCACAAAUCUAUUAUAUAAGGAAAGUAAAUUUCAGGCUUAAAUUGAAUAGUUGGGGAGUUUUUCAGGCCUGUCUAUUUGGGCCAAAGUUUGCAAUGACUUUGUCAUUCCCCUUUAGUGAACAAUCUCUAUAUAUUCAUAUUCUUCUUUGAUUUUCUAGAGUGCAUAUCUGUUCAUCAAAUAUGAACAGACAUGUCACUGACAAUAUAACAAUUUCAGAACAUAUAUUUAUCAACAUUAAUCUGUCAUUUUAGCCUUCUACAUAUGUCAUUUAAAAGCUUGAAUAAAGUGAAAUUAUGUCCUUAACAAAUAUAUUGCAUUGCCCAUUAACCUGGUAUUUGCUUCAGAUUCACAUUUUUCUCAAUCUUUAGUUGAAGUUUUGCAAUAUUUAUUUGCUACGCUUACUAUGUAAUGUGUUGCUCCAAGGUUUGGAGGCGUUAUACUAUAUAACUGGAGUGAAAGUAUUUGUUGUGUGCACUUCAUAAUGUAUGUUUGUUUUUACUUGUAUGUGUUGAUAGUCAUAAACGUUACCGUGCUUGUUUUCUACAUGUCGGUUUGCCUUGAUGGGUAGUGUGUCUCCUAUGCAGAUUAUAAUCUUUCAGUGCCUUAUCGUAACCAUUCCUGAAGACCCAUUGGUUGCACCUGUUGAUGGACUCAGUCUGGAUACGGAAAUGUCCUCUUAACACUUUUACGGAUCGAAUUACAGCUCCAUGUGCCAAUUACACUCCUUAAAAGACCUUUCUCUGAUACUAAAAUAUGUGCCGUAGCUACCUCUGUUCCAGUUUGCAUCCUUGUAAUAUGAAAUGUGUCCUGUCUGGUAACAAUGCAACUUAUUUUACAAAUUUCAAUGUAUUUACAAAAUGUAUGUAAACUGCUUAUCACUCUCAUUGUAUUGUGCUCUUUUUUCUGUUUUUGUUUUUUUUUGCGUAUGUGUAACAAGUAUUCUAUAUUUUUUGGAAAA